AUGACCGACUGCGUCUAUCGCAAUAGAAGAGGGGGCGAUGCUUUUGCUAUGGUUGCUGCGAGGCAUGCGAUGACCUCUUCGGAAGUUGGAUCUGAAAACUAUGGAGCUCUACCAUCGUCGUAUCGUCGAGUCCGGAAGUCGAAAUCCCUCGUGGCGUUUCCCAAUGGUAAUCUUCGUCUGCGUCUUCAGCGCUCCCUUCCUUUCCUACGCCGCCAGAGCAACACCACGCUUUACAAAGGCUCAGACGGUGCUUGGGAGCGACAUGAAGAGGCAGUUGAGAUGGCUCGAGCACAGUUCCUCGAUGGCGCUGGCCACGCAGACCUGCAACAGACAGAACUGUGUACACCUCGCAAAGCGAAGAGGAGAACGCAGCACAAAUUCCGAAAGACAGUUCGGGCCAGCGCGUGCCUCGAGGCUGAGCAGCCGGAGACCACAGCCACGAGAUCUUUUUCGCUUAGUCUUCGCGAUCGAGUCCGCAGGGUGCUUGGGAAGUCGCUGAGUAAGAAAGACAAUUUGCCUCCUCAACAUUUGGAAGCCCAGCGCAACCACUUCUCCGAGUUUGACAAGGAGUCUACGCUUGUCAGCGGGUUCGACGCAUACCAAGUCAUGGACGACGGCCUCACUCCGCAGCGAAGCAUUUACUCUCAGCCUAUUCUCGAACAUGAGUCGCUUGAAGGUUUAGACAAGGUGCCGUAUGCUGUACAUUCCGCUGCAAGUCGUGAAAGCCUCCAUUCCAAUGCUCGAUCCCGAGUCACCAGCUGGACCAAUUCCAGCAUAACAGGCUCCAUUGGUAUGCGGUCUGGUCCUAUCGAGCGCAAUCGACUCUCGAUCAUCAAAGAAGAUGGAGGUCCUCAUCAGCCCUCGUCAUCCGCUGGGAAACACAUUGGCGGGGUCGACGUUUUCCACGAGCCACUGCAGUCAAUCACGAAUGACGCCCGGACUAUGUCGGCAGUGGAUAGUCAGCGAAUCUAUUCAGCAUUGAUCAAACGAAUCAACCAGGAAGAGAUUGAAAUCGAGAGGACAAGAGUUGCUCUGGAAGGCAUCAAUCAUGGGUACGAGGCGAACAGCACAGAAAUCUCGGACAUGAAACCUACCAUCAGAGCGGUUCAGAGUGAUUCUUCGCUGACUACAAUGACUGGGAAUAUUCUGAACCCCCUGUCCAGCAGCCAAUCUGGCUCGUGGCAUCACUCUGCUAGCGCGAGGACGGAUGAGCCACAUCAGGAGUAUGCCGACAUAAGAUGGGAACGACUGGCGGAACAAGAGUCACAGUCGACCUUCUUUCCUUUCUCGAGCGAAAAGAACCCAAACACCCCAAGUCCUUUCAAGAGGUUCUUAAAUGAGAGGCGUCGUCGCAGCAGCCGCACCAGCGAUGGCCGCGGCAAGCACGCAGACUCGGAUAACAGUAGCGUCACCAUCAAUCGCCAGUCGAGCAAUCCCGUAAUGAACCGCCCUCAUUUCGGGUUGAGCAGUGCCAGUAUCUACUCCCGGACAACGAACGGCGGAUCCAAUGAACAGUAUCAGCGGCCUCUUGAGAGCUCGGACGAGCUGCGUACAAAAGCUCCCGAAGAAUCGGAAACAAAUAGCAUGGCAACCAUUCUGGCCACAUCAUUUGCUCCGUCUAUGAAUAAUCGAUGGAAUCCUUGGUCAGAUACCGUGAAAAAGCACGAGCACACCACAGAUAGCUUUUCCAGUUCACACACACGGGAAAGAGCUCAAAUCACCUUGGCGGAGGAAGCUGGAGAUGGUGGAGAGGGUGCCUCGAGCCAACUGGUAAGGUCAGCGGGUACCUGUACCAAGACGAGAGGAUAUGACCUGUCGAAUGUUGUCGUUGCUUCAGGAUCAAGCGGCCCGAAGGUGCACAAUGGAACUCUUUCCGUCCGAGCUCAUGCCGAUCUGCUCAAAAGGGCCAGCACCGACGCCUUGAGCAGCCUUUCCAACAACGCCGAGGACGGUAGCAAAGGCAGCGGAAGUCUACGAAAACUGAGCCCUGGGAACUUAGUGAAGGUCUUCAGGGAGAAGAGGAGCCAGAGGACGCUUGGGCCUCAAAGUGCUGGCAAAGAAAACAGUCCGCCGAUCCAAUCGGACUCUCCUCCAGUGAGUACGCCGGGAAGGCUGCAACUGCAAUUCCGGAAUGGUACGACGAGCGGACGACUUCGCAAGAGAGCCAGUGAAGGCGUGUUCCAGCCAGAAAAUCUCUAUUCUACACCCCAUCAGUCUAUCUCAACCACGCCGAGCAGGUCCUAUGAAAGUCCAAGUGAGAAUGCCAAAGAUCACCUGGUCGCACGACUGAGCAGGCCUUUUAACAUGGAUGUGCCUCCCCACAACCGUCCGUUUGACAGCAUGUACCUGGGCAAGAGGACGCAAGGUCAUCCGGACACGUUUGGAAAUAACAGGUUGAGUGUAGCACCUAGAAUCACAUUGGACGGAGCCGGCCGGGAGUUGGAGACUGGCCUAGGAGACGGGAAUGAAGGGGCAACAGUACUACCAUCGCGGUCCUACUCUGUGGGGAAGAGUGCAGCCAAAGUGCUGGGGCUCCUGGGUAGCAAGAGAAUGGUCAGCAAUUUUCUGAGAAGUCGACGGGGAGAGAGAAGUACAAGUGCAGGUGAGCAUAUUUUGGGUGAGGGAAGUCCAGCAUUCAUUUGA